AUGCCAACAAUGCUGAGCCCAGGUGGGAAGGACCCUGGAGUUGCCGCAGCUACAGCAGGCGGCGAGAAGCAACUGCCAAGACGAGCGAUGCCCAGCGAAGAUGCGGAUGAGCUUGUCCAAGAAGAGCUGCGCAAGAACAUGAAUGCCACAACAAAUAGCAAGGACACAGGGCCCAUUCUGGCCAGGCCGGUCACGGACACGAUAAAGCCUAGGAACCAGGUGCCGAGGCCGCCGGGCCGGGUCUGGCAGGAGACCGAGGCGGCAACGAAGUUUUGGACGAACAAGAUUGACCCAACAUUCACCAGAUCGGGAGUUAACAAUGUCGAGAAAGAGAAGACGAGCUCUGUCCGGGACAGUCCCACCAAAGGCGCCGAGGAGCCAGCUCUCACGAAGCUUUGGGCCGACAAUGCAAAUUCUCCUCCCAUGAAAUCCAGGGCCGACACGAUCACGUCAGGGACAGUGACGACCCUGAUUCGGCAAAACGGAGUACCGAACAUGCUGAGCCAGCUCGGGCAAGACUUCGAAGGGGCAGACAAGGGAAAGCCACAGCACGUAGACUUCCUGGCAGACAUGAUCAAGGGAGGCAAGAACUCCGUGUGCGCGAAGCCUGGAGUGAGUGCUGACCACGAGGCAGUGUUAGGCUGCCCAUUCUACAAGGGCUUGGAACUGGCGAUCCGGAGUCAGAUCGGCCAAGAGACCGUGGCAACAGCAAGGGGCAUUGCAAAGUCGAGUGUCGACAUUUCCAUUGCUGGCAAAGCGAAGCAAAAUCCAAGCCAUGACAAGCCAAGGCCCGCCGUAAGCACCAUUGAGUCGGAUCAGCUGAAAGAUCUGGCCAAAAACGGUAGCUCCAAAUGCGCGAAGUUGGAUGCAAAGAGUGAAACUCCCGUCCGUGAGCAUCUGAUGACGGAGAGUGCAGAGCCUGCGCGCGCCAAGCUCCUCAAAAGCAUUGGGAGAUCUGGAGUUGCAAACUGCAUCACCGGCACAGCCAGGUUCAGUCGUGCGGAGGACCUCAGUGGAAGGGAUACCUCGGGACCGGCGACACCAAGCGCAGAAGCAGGAAAUCCAGCUUUUGCACACGACCGCGGGGACGGUACUGGCCCGUGCACGCCACCGACUGCAGAGCUGCAGUGGAUCCCGGAUGCGCGUGCUUCGACACGGGGCAUGUCUACUUGGCUGAAUUGGUGCAAAGGCGACGUGGAAUCGACUUUAGCAGGAUCUGAUGCCGGCGACGCUGACUCAAGGCACAGGCAGCUCCUCAAGGGCAAGAAGAAGCCUGAGUGUAAGAAGUCCACCACAAAGAGGGCGAGUCCAGUCCUUGCAAAGGACUGUGAGGGCAACGCAGAUCCCGAUCCUGCUCCAGAUAGCACGAGAACAGGGGCUCCCAGCCUGGCCCGGCUUUGCAAAAACGAGAAAAACCCUGUGCCAAGAUUCUCCGAAACGGACAGAAACGGACCAAGCCUUGAGACGCUCACUACCGAGAGACUGCUGGCAAGCCGUGAAGAGCCUUGCGACGACAAGAGGACGCCCAGCCGUCCAGAGCCCAAUGCUAUCAGCACAGCUUCCAAGCACGAGCAGCUUCGCAGAAAUGCUGAGAUUUCCAGGCAAGCCCGAUUCGGGACAAAGGGCAUCAGCCCAGGGCAAGUGUUGCCAGACAAUGGAGCAGAGCUGCCAGCCCGUGCUGAAGACCUCAAGGGCAAAGGCGAGCCGAGCUUUGCAAGGUUCAAAACUGAAGCGACCGAGCCGCAGCAGGAGAACGUGUGA